UCUUGCUGGAUCCUUGCUCGAUCGUGCUCUUCGGGCACCGUGGCUUUACCUUUCGUUUUAUAGCUGUAGUUAGUAUAACGGGUCUCAACCAGUCCCCUCCCCCCCCUCUUAACCCUUCACUGGAUACUUAACUUGUGCUGUGAGCAAUCGAGAUGGAAUUAUUCUGGAUAUAACGUGAUUCUGUGCUGGUGUUAAUUGAAGAGUCAAUCUUUAGCUGUUUGGAAUAAAUGAGUGAUGUUGAGGGUUGAGGUGGUUGGAGUGACAAUGUCGGUGGGUUAAGGCUGAUUAUCAUAUGGGGUUCUAGAUGGAAUUUAUGGUGUUUGAGGGUAAUUUAGGAGGGAAUUGGUGUUUCAUGGAAUAAUAAGAGCCAGCUGAGUGGGUUUUCAUGUAAAGAUGCAGGGGAAUCCUGCUUUUCUGGCAAUCCUACUCGGUACAAUAUUCGGCUCGCUUGGUGCCUCACUGAGCAAAGCACUGAGGUACAAAGCACCGGACGAGUGCAAAUGGGUGGCAACGGGAGACAGUGAGGACGAUGUCUCACUCGUUUGUCGACUACGGACUAUUAAUAGUGAACUUGAAAAUACCAAUUUCAGUGUUAUACAGCCACAGCACACUGUCAGACUAAGGUUGGAGUGCAGUGACGGUCUUUUAUAUCAGAGUUCACUGAGCGCUGGUAGUUUUAGGCCACUGGUUGAACUGAGAGAACUUGUCAUCGAGUACUGCAAGAUUGGAAAUUUGUCCGAUGAUGCGUUUAAGGGCCUCAAAGAGCUACGGAAUCUCACUGUUCGUACUCAUAAUAGAGAUUGGUCGCCAAUGGCUUUGGAUGUAUCGACUAGGGCUUUUACCGAGGAGCUCUCAAAGCUUGAGAGACUGGACCUUGGAGAAAAUAAUAUGUGGAAUUUGCCGGAGGGUAGUCUGUGCUCGCUGCACAAUCUAGAGGUGCUCAACUUGACUAAAAAUCGCCUCCGAGAGUUAUCGAAUUUUCAUUUUGGCGCUGGUGCUGGACGCUGUGGAAGUAAUCUACGGGAAUUGGAUCUGAGUAAUAACAGCAUCGAGAGCCUGCCGACAGCGGCAUUUUCCGGUCUCGCUCGGUUACAAAGUCUCGAUCUUCGGAGUAACGCCAUUAGCUUUAUGGCCGAUCGUGCCUUCGAGAGUCUUUCCUCGUUGGUUGUACUUAAACUCACGGACAAUCGUCUGUCGAGUUUACCACCAGAGUUGUUCAACGAUGCGCGAAACAUCAAAGAAAUUCACCUGCAGAACAACUCGUUGAACGUGUUACCACCUGGAUUAUUCAACGAUCUCACCCAACUGCUGGUGCUUGAUUUGAGUAUGAACGAAUUAACGACUGAGUGGGUAAACGCAGCGACAUUUACUGGUCUCAUUAGACUAGUGGUGCUCGAUUUGUCUAGCAACAGAAUAAGCAGACUUGAGCCAGCGGUUUUCCGGGAUCUUUACAGCCUGCAGAUUCUACGUCUUGAGGAGAAUCUUAUUGAGAGUCUCUCUGAGAAUACAUUUGCUGCGCUCUACAAUUUGCACACUCUCGUACUGAGCGAUAAUCAGUUGACGGUUAUCGACGCGACCACUCUGAGCGGCUUGUACGUGCUGAGCCUGCUCUCGCUGGAUAAUAACAGACUCAGUGCACUUCAUCCAAGCUCGUUACGAAACGCCUCGUCUCUUCAGGACCUGCAUCUUAACGGUAACCAACUGACAGCGGUGCCGGAUGCACUGAAAGCCACGCCUCUGUUGCGCACCCUCGAUCUUGGUGAAAACCUCAUUUCGGAGAUACCCACUGGUACCUUCGACCACGUGUCACAGUUGUACGGCCUCCGGCUCACGGAAAAUCACAUUGGCAAUCUCACUAAAGGCAUCUUCGAGAAGAUUAAAGAGCUCAAGAUACUCAAUCUGUCGCGUAACCGGAUACAAUAUAUCGAGCCUGGUGCAUUUGAUGACAACACUAAUCUCCGUGCCAUUCGAUUGGAUGGCAAUCAAUUGACUGACAUAACUGGACUGUUUGCCAAUCUACCGAAUCUAGUGUGGUUAAAUGUUAGUGAUAAUAAACUCAAGUGGUUUGAUUAUGCUAUGAUACCAACGGGAUUACAGUGGCUGGAUAUACACGCAAAUGAGAUAAGCGAACUUGGCAAUUACUUUGAGAUCGAGACGCAACUUCAGUUAAGUACAUUCGAUGCCAGUGAGAACAAAUUGACCGAGAUAACGGGAAAUGCAAUACCCAUGAGUGUCGAAGUACUCUUUCUCAACGACAAUCUCAUAUCCAAGGUGCAAAGUUACGCAUUUUUCAAAAAGCCAAAUCUCACUCGAGUCGAUCUCAAGGGUAAUAGAAUACAGAAUCUUGAGACAUAUGCGUUGCGUAUAAGUGCUGUACCACCGGACAAACCGCUUCCUGAAUUCUACAUUGGCGACAACCAUUAUUUGUGCGACUGCACCAUGGAAUGGCUGCAGCGAGUCAACAGGCAAAACCAGUCGCGCAUACAUCCACAAGUGAUGGAUCUUGAGAGCAUAUACUGUAAACUCUUGUACGACCGUGAACGCAUGUACGUGCCCCUUGUAGAGGCAUCGCACUCACAAUUUCUUUGCAAGUAUGAGUCACACUGCUUUGCACUGUGUCAUUGUUGUGACUUUGAUGCUUGCGAUUGUGAAAUGACAUGUCCGAAUAAUUGCACCUGUUACCACGACCAAUCGUGGUCGGCCAAUGUCGUGGAUUGUUCUGCCGGUGGUCACGUCAACCGACUACCCGAGCAGAUACCCAUGGAUGCAACAAGACUCUAUCUCGAUGGCAAUGACCUGAGAAUCAUCUCCAGUCAUGCAUUCAUCGGUCGUAAAAAAUUGAGAGUUCUCUAUCUCAAUGCCUCAAACAUUGAAAUUGUUCAGAAUCGAUCGUUCAAUGGCCUCAGGGAUCUUCAGGAUCUUCAUCUCCAGGACAACAGAAUUCACGAACUGCGUGGACACGAAUUCGAGGGUCUUGACAAUCUUCGGGCCCUUCAUCUGCAGGGCAAUGAGAUCUCAGCAAUCGCCAACAACACAUUCUCACCCCUGAGAUCUUUGAAGGUUCUACGGUUGCAGGGCAAUCGCCUUACGACCUUGGCGGUCUGGUCCCUACCAAUGUCUGUCGAAGUGAGUCUCUCGCGGAAUCCGUGGUCAUGCGAGUGCGACUAUCUUGAGGUUUAUCGGGAAUGGAUACUCGCGGCAAGAAACCGUGUUGUCGAUGUAUCGGAGCUCAGGUGCGUGUUGAAUGUCACCGAGUUAGAGGCGUACGGCGAGGAGGUCUUCAGGGACAACGAGUUUGGAUUUCCCGUGAUCGAGGGAGCAUCCAAUGACAGUUCGAUGUGCACAGGACUUGCUAGUAUUGACAACGGUAUCCAGGGCAAUCUAACCAAGACCAUUAUCGAGAGACAAGCCCUCCAGGAUUAUUUGCCUCUCCUUGUCUCUACACUGGCUGUAUUUCUCGUUAUUGUUCUCCUUGGAAUGCUCAUAUUCAUAUUCAGACAGGAGUUUCGCGUGUGGUUUCACUCGCGAUUCGGGGUGAGAAUAUUCUACCGCAGCACCGAGUUCGACAGGGAGGAUCGAGACAAGCAGUUCGACGCUUUCGUCAGCUACAGCUCCAAGGACGAGGCAUUUGUCGCUGAAGAAUUGGCUCCAGUACUAGAAAUGGGAAAUCCCUCCUACAAAUUGUGUCUACAUUAUCGUGACUUCCCGGUGGGGAGUUUCAUAGCUGAUACCAUCGUUCAAGCUGUUGAAUCAUCGAGGAGAACUAUUAUGGUUCUCUCGGAAAAUUUCAUCAAGUCCGAGUGGUGUCGCUUUGAUUUCAAAUCAGCGCAUCAUCAAGUCCUCCGUGACAGGCGGCGUAGACUCAUACUGGUACUCGUUGGGGAUGUACCCCAGAGGGAUUUAGAUCCAGAUAUAAGACUGUAUCUCAAGACAAACACAUAUUUACAAUGGGGUGAUAAACUAUUUUGGGAGAAAUUGAGAUUUGCCCUGCCCGAUGUGCCAAACAACCAGAGAACCAACAAUCAGAGGAGACAGCCACCACCUGUCCGACGGCAACACAAUAAUCAAACUAGUGGUGCGCGCAGUGUUGCUGUUCACAUAUGAAUCAAUUAUUCAUCAUAGACUGGUUAUGUUAUUCCAUACUAGUGACCCUUUGGCAUACCCGAACUGUGUAAUUAUCGAUCAAUUGGUAAUUUAUUAUUCGGGAGUGAGUGAGAUGUUGACAAUCAGUGGACAGUACAUAAAUCAUCUACACGAAUAAAAUAAAUGAAUAUAUCCAUACGCAUAAGGUUCCAUUAAGAGUCACUGCACAGUGCAAUACGUGUGUGGAGUGUAAAUAGUCACGGUGCCGAAUAUUCACUAACGGAGAAUUGACAAUUUUGAAUGUUUUAAAUAAAUGUGCGCGUCACUCGAAAGUCUGUAUAUAGAGCAAAUAUAAAAAUGAAAAUUGUGUGGUGAGAAUGAGUGCGUUGCAAUGAUAUGUUCGGAGAGUUUGAAAGAUUUUUGAGAAGAAAGUGAAUGAGAGUGGAAUUUGCCAGUGAGGAGAUAAAUAUAUAUAUAUAUUUGUUUCAAUUUUUGUAAAUUUGAUGGGUUAGCCGAUAGAUAGAUUAAAUUCAAAUGUAAAUAGUGCUGCAAAAAAAUUUGAAGAACACUUGAGUCUCGCGUUACUCAUUUCCUUUUUGAUUUUUAUUCAACGCCUCAUUAUUAAUAAUCUCAAAUUGUGCAUGAGCUACUUAAUGUCAGGGUUUACGAUUGAAUCGUGAACAACGAGUUUAUGUUAUCAUCGUACAUAACUGGUGUCUAAAGAUGCCAGCUUGAGGGUAAUGAAAGUUAGAGAUAAAAUGUAAAAGGCGUUUGUGACAAUUGUGAGAAGUUAUUCUGUGAGAUAAUAAAACUGUCACAUUAACAUGUUAAAUUCAAAUGACAGAGACGUACUUAUGGGGCGCUAUUUACAAGUGUAUAGCUUCUUAAAGAGGGUUUCAAUUUAAAACCCGUCGUGAUAUCACUCUCUAAUUAUUUUUUAUUUUAAAUUGUUUAUUGAAUUUUAAUUAACGUCAGAAGGGGGGAGGGGAAAUUUUAUCAAAAUUCAAUGAAAAAACGAAAUGUCAAAUGUGAAACUGUAAAAUAGGAUUUAUUUUUUAUUUAUUCUGAUAUUACGAGAAUUGAGGACUUUAGUAAGAAAAAAAAAAAGGUUAUUAAAUAACUCUGUUUGGACAAUUGUUCGUUGAAUUUUUUACACUGAUGGAAUGACAGAGAACAAUUUUAAUUGAACUUCAACACAGUUGAAUUAUUUUUCCAUCCAGUGAAAACCAAUUACUCCGUCGAAUCGUCAAUUUCUUCCGCAAACAUAUGCAAAACCAUUAUGUUUUUUUUUUUAACGAAGUCCUCAAUAGAAUUCGACAGUCUCUGUUGCCCGAGUGCGUCGACUCCCCAAAACGAUUGUUAACAAAUAUUAUAUACAUAUCCGUGCAUGCGGGGAUUGUCGUAUUCAGCCUGUAAAUUAAUCGUUUUAUAUUUCAAAUCGAAACACAGGUGUUUCAAGCAAAAAUAAAUGACUUUUUUCUAUUCCACUGUUCACUUCAUUUAUGCAAAAAAUAUCUUGUUUUUCUUGAGAAGAAAAACUUAAAAAACAAAUUCUGUGUUCAAAGAGAUAACUGAAAUAUAAAUUAUGACUGACGAAUAAAAAUCCACUGUUUUUCAAUGUUUUAAAAUCCAUGCUGUUUAUUUUUCCCCACUGGCACACCAUCCACAAACUGCUGAUUGUCUACAAGACAAUAAUCCAAUCCAAAUAAAACCACAAUCGAAUCAUUGCAAUUUCAUUCCUUCUAUUGAUCCAACGACCAGCAGACAACCACUUUAUCGCCAGCAUCUAGACCAAGUUUGUUAAUAUAAUAACUCCAUUGAGAAGUUUCGGUGAA